UCAUGGACACGACGGCGUUUCCUUAACCUUGAAGUCUCCGUCACACACGCAUCUACAACAUUAUUGCCAACGAUUCCUCCCUCAUGCGAACAAAGAAUAAUGUAAAAAUGACGGGAUCAGCAAAGCAAGAAAGAAAUGACAAACAAAUUCAUCGAAGACUGAAGUGAAAAUCGGAAAAGAAAAAAAAACACGAAAAGAACUAAGAAGAAAAGGAAAAAAAAGAAGAAGGAAGGGAAGAAAGAAAAAGUAAAAAGGAGUGGGAGAAGUUGAAGCGAAGGAGAAAAAGGAGACAAGAAAAAAAAGAAGAAAAGGAAAAAAAAGGAAAAAGAAAACGAAGUAGAAGAAAGGAACGAGAAAAGAAAGAGAUGAAGAAAGAAAUAAGAAAAGAAAGAGAAAUAAGAAAGGCAAGAGAAAUCAGAAAGGAAUAAGAAAAGGGAAGAAGAAAAGAAAAAGAAAUAAAGAAAGAGAAGAAAAGAAACGGAAGAAGAAAGGAAAGAGACAGGAGGAGACACGUACGAAGUUCAACACUCCCAGAAUGAAGACUAAGAAGCAAAGACACGCCUUCGCUCCCUCAUUCCCUGUCGUCUUCCUGAUUCUCGCGGUGGGCGUUCGGCAGUGUGCUUCUACAAGCAGCGUCCUUCCCAUGGUCGUGUUCCAAGCGGCCGGCCCAGCGACAACGACCACCUUACUCGAACACCGAAGCACUUUGUCCGAACUCUAUGACGCAACCUUCUGCUUCAGGUUUCGAAUCCGCCAGUCGAGGGAACUGAACACUAUCAUUUCGUACGCGCUUUCGGACGAAGGGGAUGAGAUCAAUUUGAGUCUGAACUACAUCGACGGCUCCUUCGUGUUCCUGUGCUGCCAGGACUGGGUGGAGCUCGAACUGAAGCUGCCGGUGGGUCUGCGGGAGUGGAUGAACAUCUGCUUCGCCGUGGAGCUGAGGGAGAAGCGGUGGACGCUCGUCAAGAACGGCGAGACGCGGACGGGCCGGAUCCAGGGGGGCGCGGCGGUUGCCCAGCCGAUCAGAGGCGGCGGGAUCCUGGUCAUCGGGCAGGACCAGGACUCGCUGGGGGCCGGCUUCAAUGAGUUCGAGAGCCUCUCCGGCUGGCUGGUGGACCUGGCCAUCUACGAUCAGGUGCUGACGGCCGCCCAGAUGGUCGACUUCACCACCUGCAUGGACAUCACUCCGCCCGUAACUCCGGUGGUUGACUUCUCGGACAUCCAGCGGGACUUCGAGGUCAGGAACGUGGACCUGGACACCAUUGGGAAGCACAAGACCUGCGAGUCCGACAGGAACUUCAACCUGAUCUUCCCGGAGCUGCGCGUGUUCGAGGACGGCCGCCUGCUCUGCCACAUCGUCGGCGGGAAGCUAUCCGUCCCCAGGAGCGCGGACGAGAACGUGGAGCUUUUCAACAAGUCCCUCCCGAUCCAGGAGUACUGCGGCGACGGGUACGCGGAGACGCUGUGGCUGGGCGUGACCGGGGACGUGGCCGAGCAGAAGUGGCGCCACUACGCCACCCGCGACCCCCUUAAGUACUCCAAGUUCGGCCCCGACUCGGACUUCGGGAUGCCCAUCGUGAGGCCUGACACCUGCGUCGCCUUCCGCGGGAGCAACGACACGACGGAGGAGGACUUCGGUGUGUGGGUGCCCAGCGACUGCGACCUGGAGAUGUGCCCCGUGUGCCACUUCGCCCAGGUGGGCCUCAUCCGGAUGCGCGGCCUCUGCAAGGAGUCGGAGUUCGACCGCGACUACUUCCUCACGCACGACCAGGGCUCGCUCUCCUUCACGGGCGUCCUCUACUCCGAGAUCGUCAAGAACCCGCCGGCGCCGGAGAUCUCCAACUCCGACUUCGGCUUCUGGACGCUCACCCGCUUCGACAAGCCGCACGUGACGGCGGUCCUGCACAUGACGUCGCCCACGCACUACCCGCUCGGCCUCAACACGUGGCUCGUGGACAACGACGUCUGCGGCAAGUCGACGGUCCAGCUGAUGAUGACGUCGUGCAAGGACGGCCAGUUCUCCUGCAGGGACGGCACCUGCAUCAUCAUCCAGCAGCGAUGCGACCUGGAGGCGGACUGCCCCGACGGAACGGACGAGGUCGACUGCGACUUCCACUCGGUGCCCAAAGACUACGACAACAACUCGCCGCCCUCGAGGCCCGACCGCACGCAGCCCAUCCAGGUCAAGCUGUUCAUCACCAUCCUGUCGAUGCGGGGCGUCGACCUGUCCAACUUCGGCUUCACCUGCGAGAUCGAGGUCAGACUCCAGUGGACCGACGACCGCCUCAGGUUCCACCACCUCAACUUCGCCGAGACGCUCAACAUCCUCGACGGCGAAAACAUGCCCUGGGUGCCCAGCCUGGAGUUCCUCGGCGACGGCGACACCACCAGCACCGUCGUGGAGCGGAGGCGCGCCGUCAGGGUCAGGCGCUUCUCCGAGAGGCCGCUGCCGGACAACGACGAGUACAUGUUCGAAGACGAAAUCUUCGACAGUUCCGAAAAUCCUCUGGUGUUGGUUCAGAAGCUCACGGUCACCACGUCUUGUCAGUUCGACCUUGAAGCUUUCCCCUUCGAUACGCAGACGUGUGGGAUGGGCGUGUUACUCUCCGGCAUCACGAAAGAGUACGUGAUAAUCGUCCCUGAUGGAAAAGGCGUGGAGUAUGUCGGGCAGAGGAAACUUCUUGAAUAUUUUUUGUCCUCCGAGAAGAUGGUGAAACGGGAUGAGGGCAACUACAGCGGCCAGGCAGUGGUGCUAAAGCUGAGCAACAUGGCCACCUUCUACAUUACUUCCACUUACGUCCCCACUUUCAUCAUCGUCGUCAUUGGCUACACUGUCUUCUUCUUCCCUCUGUGGAACUUCAACGAGAGAGUGAUGGUAGGGCUGACGGGGCUCCUGGUGGAGGCUACGUUCUUCUCGCAGGUGAGCGCCUCCAUACCACACACAGCCUACCUGAAGCUCGUAGACAUAUGGUUCGUGUUCUGUAUUGUGAUGCUUUUCCUGGUGGUGGUGGCGCUCGUGACGAUACAUUACGUGCAGGAGGAAUCUCGAGUCUCCCCCAUGGUCGUAGGGGACGUGAAGUCGGCCCCGAGACUCCUGCAGGAUGUCCAGGCCCUUAGGAAGAGGAGAGCCGCCAAAGUCAACCUCUUCUGCAGGGUGUUUUUCCCCGUCGUGUCUGCUUUGUUCCUUAUCUCGUACUACAUCGCCGCCGUCGCUAUCAGACUUUAUGGCCUGGUGAGAAGCCUCGAGUCGGAAGCCCACGUGAACCGCCGAAAUGGAGCUUCCUUCGAGCACCAGAAUCUUUUCCGUCGUUCUGAUGCUGAUGGUCUGGCACAUGAAAGCGGCGUCGCAGAAGUCAGUGGGCAGUAA